GCCGCGGGCAUGCGUGGGGCCUCCCCCGGCGGCCGCCAUUGGUCCCGAGCGGCGGGGCGGUGGUGGCGGGGAGGCCGCGCCCGCCCUCCUUCCCGCCGCCGCUCCCCUCACGCCGCCCGGCCAAGUUUAAACACCCCACACACACCCCGCGCACACACCCCGGGCUCGUCCCGCCGAGCCAGCCCGGAGUCCGCGGGGCUGCGGGGGCGCCGGGUGCGGAGGGAGCGCCCCGCCGCCGCCUAUGAAGGUGCCGCGGGGCCGGGCGAGCCAUGGACGGCGGCGGCGGCGGGGCGCCGCCCGCCCUGGAGAAGAACGCGGCGGAGCUGACGGUCAUGGACGUCUACGACAUCGCCUCGGCCGUGGGGCAGGAGUUUGAGCGGGUGAUCGAUCAGCACGGCUGCGAGGCCAUCGCCCGCCUCAUGCCCAAGGUGGUGCGGGUGCUGGAGAUCCUGGAGGUGCUGGUGAGCCGCAACCACAUCAACCCCGAGAUGGAGGAGCUGCGCCUGGAGCUCGACCGCCUGCGCCUGGAGAGGAUGGACCGGAUCGAGAAGGAGCGGAAACACCAGAAGGAAUUAGAACUGGUGGAGGAUGUCUGGAGAGGGGAAGCACAGGACCUUCUUACCCAAAUUGCACAGCUGCAGGAGGAGAAUAAACAACUGAUGACAAACUUGUCUCACAAAGACAUUAAUUUCACAGAAGAGGAAUUUCACAAGCAUGAAGGAAUGUCAGAGAGAGAGCGGCAAGUCAUGAAGAAGCUGAAGGAAGUGGUAGAUAAACAGAGGGAUGAAAUCAGAGCAAAGGACCGGGAACUCGGACUUAAAAAUGAGGAUGUAGAGGCUCUUCAGCAGCAACAGAACAGGUUAAUGAAAAUUAACCAUGACCUUCGUCACCGGAUCACUGUUGUUGAGGCUCAGGGGAAGGCGCUGAUUGAGCAGAAGGUGGAGUUAGAAGCGUAUCUGCAAACCAAGGAGCAGGAGAUGGGCAACCUGCGAGCAGAGCUGGGGAAACUGAGAGAAAAACUGCAGGGUGAGGACAGCCAAAAUGGGGAGGAAGUAAAGGUAGAACCAAACAAUGAUGACUGCCUCUCAGAGUCAGAAAAGAUGGCAAUGGACUUAAAAGAUCCAAAUCGUCCAAGAUUCACCUUGCAGGAGCUCCGGGAUGUCCUUCAUGAGAGGAAUGAAUUGAAAUCUAAAGUGUUUUUACUUCAAGAGGAGCUUUUGUACUAUAAAAGUGAGGAAACAGAAGAAGAAACUAGAUCCCCUCAACCUACACCCAUCAUUCAGUCAAAACCCUCAACUCAGCCUGAAUCUGGAAUCAAACGACUGAUCUUUACAGCCAUAAUGCCCAUGGUAGCAGCUGGAUUGAUUCCAGAUGAUCCCACAUUGCAGCCAAUAAGAAGACUUGUGUCCCUUGUUUAGUUUCUUCUCUCGUGAUAAGAAACGUAUACAGGCAUCACAGAAAAAUGUCCACUUCCAGGAUACUUUUGGAGAAUGGUCAAAUUCAAAUAAAGAUGACUCCUACACUGAACAAGGACAAGAAGCCCUGCAGCACCUGUGACUAAAACCUUGAGGUGUUCAGUUUACUGCAGUAGAUCUCAACAGUCUAGUAACAAGAAGCUUCUGUAAACAAAUCCGGCAGCUCAUCACUUUUAUUUGCCUUGCACACCUCAGUGGUUGUGUUUCAGAUGUACUCUUCAAAAGGGAUCCCUCACUGUUUGCUUGGUGACUGCUGAAAACAGAAUCCAAGCCUUGUAGUAACAGUUGCUGAUACCCUGGGACAUCGAAGCUUCUAGAUGACUUGUUUUGUGCUGAAUAACAAGUCUAUGGUCUUGUUCAUGCAUUAACUACAGUAACACAAGCUUCUUUAAACCAAAAAAAGGACCCGUGCCAUUAUUAGAAGUUUGUUUGCAGUGUACAAUAUCUAGUGGCAAAGACUCUUUUACCCUGUUUGUUAACACUAUCGGUUGUAUGCUUUUUAUUUCUGUAAGAAUUUUUUCAAGAGGGAUAUGACAUCUGGCCACUCUCCAUGGCAGGUCUUAGCACUGCUGUCCUGUCAAGUUCAGCUGGGAUCUGCAUUUUGCAGAGUAACCACUUGGAAAUCCACCUGGUAGGAACUGAUAAACUGGAGUAGCCUUGAGAGGGAUAGUGAGUGUACAUUUCCCUUGCUGCUUAUAGUGCCUAAAGCAUGAAGAAACUGACGUAUGAGGUGAGCGUGCCUUGCAUUUUGCCAUGAGUUCUGCAGUAUUAACAGAAGACAAAUUGGUUACAAGGAGGAAUUCUUACACUUGAAUUUUUUCCUUCUUACCAGGGAUUUCCCCCUGGAGUAGCAAACAGCUGCUGUAAAUGAAUUAGGUUUCUUUCCCACGAACAGGUUUUUGAUUAAGUCACACUCCACUUUUCUGUUUAGAUAAGCCUGCCUAACUUCACAUCCUCAACUUGCUGACAUGAACUAUUUUAACUGACUUAGAGAUGACCCCACUUCAGAAUGUUUUCGCUGACUAGUCUAAACACUACUUGGGCAGAGCGGGUGAAUUCUAUACGCGCAGGCUGCUCCGCGGGUGUUGGUGAAUGUUUGAGUAGCCUGCAGUCACAGGGGCUUAACUUACCAGCAGAAGCCCAGCAGAGCUGAGCUUCAGCUCUGCUUUGCAGUUGAGCUUGUGAGACCUCAGUUGUACUUCCAAAACCCACAACACUGAAGCCCCCACGCAGCGUAACCGUCGCGUGCAGUCGGGUGUCAGCACACACACAGCCUCUGUGCCCUGCGCUGUGCCAGGGCACCAAACCCGGAGGGAGAGGGCGAGUGCAUCCCCAGCUCCUCACUGGGGAGGUGCUGAGGCCUUUCCAUGAACUUGGCUGUGUGCUAGGAGCGUCCGUGCUGCUGGUGGAGCAUCCAGUUACAACAAGGCCGUGGGCAACUUCUGCACGUGUGGCUUAGUGCAGAGAGCUGGGAGCUGCUCUUGGCACCCUACCCCCAGCAACUGCAUCUGCUGGGUAUGGAGCCUCUUCUCAGGAGUAGUACUAAGAGCAGAAAACAAUGCUCAGGCUGGAGUAAACCUCCAACUACUCCAGGUACGGACUGUAGGAAGAAGUCUUGAAGAACUGCUGAAUGACAGCAAGCAAGAGGGUUUAGUCCAGGCCAGUUGUUUAACAUAGGGUAGUCCAAGACUCUGGAUUCAUUAAUGUGUAUGGGCAGCAAAUGGUUCUUAGCCCAUCUGUAAUGAAACUGCCAGGAAACUAUUUCUGCAGAGGUGGGCUGAAAGCUGCUCUGCUCCUGACUGUAACUGUGCCGCAUUUUGAACACGGACCUUCCACGUGUUCUAGGUUGAGAAACUCUUUACUGUACCUCCCUGGUGUCACUGCAGUUUGAGGCAGGGAGAAAAUGUGGCCUUAUGUGAAAGACAUCUGCGUUUGCAGUGGCACUGGCAGCAUCCGAUGCUAGGAUUAGGUAGAUAUGCUUUUGCCUGGUUACGUUUUGGUAACAUAUCUUACAUUUUAUGUUUACAGAAAGCUGUAUCCAUAAAGCAGCAGCACUUCCCCCUUUGUGUGAAAAGCAAUUUUUCAAUGGGGGGAGUGUCUUAAUUUAAUGAUACUUAAGUUGCUAAGAUCUUGAUUUCACUUCCAUAUUAGGAAAAAAAAAAGUAGUUAUAUCAGGCAGUUAAAUUGUGACUGAUACCCGCUGAGUCUCUCCCUAGCAUAGUUUACAGUUACUCGGCACAUUUAGGAGAUGCAGUGAUCAGGAACAAUGCAAGAUCGCAGCGGAUGCAUGGCCUGAAUAAGCACAUCACUUUUGAAAUCAGCUGAGAGCAAUGAACUGGGAUAAUAGAAAUACCCAGACUGAACUGUGUUUCCCAGCACCUAAGCUGGUGCAUUACAGAGGACGUCUCCUGGCCCAGCGCGUCCCGUAGCCAGAGCCCAGUGUGCUAUUGUUGGGUCAAAUCUGCAGCCGCUUUCAAACAAUGGCACAGAGCAGUACAACCUUCCCCCACUCAUCUCUGUAGUCUGUUACCUCCAAAAUCUAAUUAGUUACUCCUGAUCUGCUUGCAUUAACCACUUCGCUCCUCGUUCUCAUGUUUUGAAAUGUUGAGUUUAUACACUCCAGGUGCCACUGGAAAGGAUGGCCUGUAGGGAAGAGUAUGUAAAGAUUUGAAGAUCUAUCAUGUAUUGUUUCUCAAUAGUCAAGUAAAAUCUGCUUUUAGAAGAGGGGCCAGGAUGUUGUCAGGUAAGGGGCAUAACAAUCCUGUCUGCAAAGUGCAGGAUCACUGAAGUUUUUGGGGUUGUUUUGUUGGUUCUGGUGUUUUUGUUUUUUUUUUUUCGUUGGGCAGUAAAUCAUUUUAACAAUUUAAUAAAUAUUUCUGAAAAACAAGUAU